AUGGCUCCAUCACGAAUAGAGGAUUCUAAUCUGAGCACUUUGGACACAAAACGGACAGAAACUCGAAUCAAACCGAAACUUCUGCUUUCUCAGCUGCCCAGCGAUGAGAUGAACACAGUGGACUUUCGUGGAUCAUCCUUCUUUAAAAUGAACGAGAACCUCCCCACAACAGAUGAAGUUAUGGCCAUGUCAAAUUACCCUGACAAGACAUUUUAUAGCCCACCUCCUGUUAUUUUUGAACGUCUUGGCUUGCUGGUGAAAUUCGGUCGACGCGUUACAGUUGCUGAAGCUCAAUGUAUGUGGGCAGUUCGAAAGCUGUUUGGCGAUAAAGUACCGGUUCCGGAGGUUUUUGGCUGGCGGGUUCAAAACACGGUCGUCUUUAUCUACAUGCAGCUAAUCCGUGGAGAUACCCUAGCUGACAGGUGGGAUAACCUGUCGGAGGAGAAUAGACUAUCUAUCUGCCGUGAUCUCCGUGGAAUGAUCACAUCCCUGCGGGAACUGCAGUACGAUGAUACUUGUGGCCCAUUUAUUGGGUCCAUUAAUCGACGAAAUGUUCGUGAUUAUAUCUUUUUAACUCGUCCACUUGGAGGACCAUUCGAAACUGCUGAACAGUUUCAUGACUGGAUAGCCUCUUUACCACUUAUUGGACUCUCGGUCCCUAGUGAUUAUGUUGAUCCCUACCGGCCAUACUUACCUGACAACGCGGCCAUAAAGUUUACACAUGCGGAUGUACAUGCUCGCAACGUUAUUAUAUCCCGAGACAGUUCUCCCAAGGUCCUUGCACUUAUAGAUUGGGAACAGUCUGGCUGGUAUCCAGAGUAUUGGGAGUGGUGUAAAGCCUGCUAUACCUCUGACUACAAUGGAGAGUGGAGAAAAAAAUGGAUAUCAAAAUUUUUAACUCCCUACCAUGAUGAGUUUGAUAUUUUUGGUGAAUAUAUCCAUUUCAUGGGGGCCAUGUAG